AUCUCUCUCCUUCCAUCCGCAGUCCGCGCCACCACCACGGCACGGCGACAUCACCACCCACCUCACCCUGCCGCUCCCGAGCGCGAUCGCUCGUCGCGAUCUCCGGAGAGAGGAGAGAAAAAUUCGGAACGGCCCCCCCGACACACGCGAAACCGCCGCACCCCGCGCGAGUCAAUCCUCCGUGUGGCCGAGUCCUCUUCCACCCCUCCCCUCGCGUCAACACCACCGCGCGCACGCGCUGCUCCUGCUCCCCCCACAACGCGACGCGCCUAAGCAAACCUCAUCUUCUUCUUCUUCCUCGCUUCCUUCCUCCACCUCCACGCGGCGAAUCCACCAGGUGUGCCAUGGGUGGCUCGUCCUCCACCAGCCGGCGCCGCCGCGACGAGUACUACGCGGCCCGGCCCCCGCCGCCGCCGCACCACUACUACACCUACCCACCGCCCCCUCCUCCGCCGCCGCACCACCACCACCACCCGCCGCCACCGCCUCCCCCGCCGCACCACCACCACCAGCACCCCUACCGGCCUCCGCCGCCGCCGCACCACGCCACCUCGUCCUCCUCGUACUACUACCACCACCCGCCGCCCCCGCACGCCUACCACGGCCCGUGGCACCCCGCGCCGCGCCCGCCGCACCCGGAGCAGCCCGCGCUGACGGGGCCGCCGCCCGAGUUCGUGGAUCACCAGCAGGCGCGGAAGGUGAAGAACGACGUCAACCUGCACAAGGACACCAUCCGGCUCGUGCCCGACGUCACGGACCCCGACCGACGCCUCGUCGCCUUCACCUUCGACGCCGUGACCGACGGCAGCAUAACUAUUUAUUACUUUGGCAAGGAAGGAAAAAACUGUACUUUCUCUUCAGUAUAUCCAGAAUUACAAACACCUACAAAGAUACCUUUCCAGAAAGGAUUGGCUCAAAAGUUUGUCCAGACCUCUGGAUCUGGUGUUGAUUUGGGAUUCUUUUCUCUGGAUGAGCUUUCAAAUCCUUCUGGAGAAGUAUUCCCACUGGUAGUUUAUGCAGAAGCUUGUCCACCUCCAGAGGAAAGUCACCAGCCUAACUCCACUAGGGCACAAAUUACUCUUGCUGUUAUAGAGAAGCAUCACAAUGACCUUCGAGUUAAAGUUGUCAAGCAAAUGUUGUGGAGUGAUGGCGAGAAGUAUGAGCUACAAGAAAUUUAUGGGAUUGUCAACUCGACUGAAGCUGAUGUUCCCGACGCAGAUGAUAGUGAUAUGGGGAAAGAAUGUGUCAUCUGCUUGACAGAGCCAAGGGACACAGCUGUUUUUCCAUGUAGGCAUUUGUGCAUGUGCAGUGAAUGUGCAAAAACUCUAAGGUUUCAAACAGAUAAAUGCCCCAUAUGCAGACAACCUGUUGAGAAAUUAAUGGAGAUCAAAGUUAGAAGUCCCGAGCCAUAAAGACACCUUCGCUGUAUGCUGCCCGUGUUGCGGAUCCUCAAAUAAUGAGCUGGAAUGGUGUAUGAGAAGCUUCGAUCUGGUCGUGAUGCUUCUUUUUUGUUUCUGGCGAACUGCUGAAGGUGCCUUUGGAAAUUUUGGCAAGUUUUCCCGGUGUACAGAACAUGUAAAUGGUACGGGGCAUGUCCAUUAACCACGAUGUACAGUUCUCUAAGCUACGACUCUGAAUUUGGGCAUGCAAAUGUGUAAGAAUUGUGUCAAUGUAUGUUCGCCAUCCUGGAUACGCUCUUCCAUUAUGUUUUUUUGAUGAAAAGCUCUUCCCUUG